UUUUCUAUAUUUUCUUCACCAUAUUAAACAUGGGCAUUACCUCGAUCUGUACGAUGAUUGAUGUGGUGAUCUUGAUGAUCCAUGGCACACCUUAUUUUGAAAUUUUCCUUUGGCUAUUGAGAUGGGGAAGAUUCCCUUGUGGUUUAUGGUUUGAAAUUACACCAUGUAAUGAUUCUCAGGGAUUUGCAUCUCCAACGGAAGUCGAUUCGCGGUAUAAGCAGGGGAAAGAUACUAUGACAUCAAGUCUUAUUGUCUCACUUCUUCACAACAACUAUUUGAGCAUAGGAGAUUUGGUCUUGCCUCACUACAUGGAAGUUUUCUCUGGGUUUCUAGGUUUCUCACUACAUCAUCCUAUGGAGCUCUGACUGGUAAAAGGUGAGUAAACUC